CCCAUGCCGACGCCGGCCGCCCGCCCGGGACGCCCUCGCCUGAGGGCCAGCUGAGCGCGGCGGGCGCGGGGUGGGCCCGGCCGGGCGCUGCCCUCCACAGCGGCAAGUUUGGGAGUUGCACUAGUUUGCGGGGUCGCGGCGGAGAGGCCGGGCGGGGGCCAUGGAGGAGGACUCGGGGUCGGCCGCGGAGUCGGUGCUGGAGAAGAACGUGGCGGAGCUGACCGUCAUGGACGUGUACGACAUCGCGUCGCUGGUGGGCCACGAGUUCGAGCGGGUCAUCGACCAGCACGGCUGCGAGGCCAUCGCGCGCCUCAUGCCCAAGGUCGUGCGCGUCCUGGAGAUCCUGGAGGUGCUGGUCAGCCGCCACCACGUCGCGCCCGAGCUGGACGAGCUGCGCCUGGAGCUGGACCGUCUGCGCCUGGAGAGGAUGGACCGCAUCGAGAAGGAGCGCAAACACCAGAAGGAGCUGGAGCUGGUGGAGGACGUGUGGCGGGGGGAGGCGCAGGACCUGCUGUCCCAGAUCGCCCAGCUGCAGGAAGAGAACAAGCAGCUGAUGACCAACCUCUCGCACAAGGACAUCAGCCUGUCCGAGGAGGAGUUCCAGAAGCACGAAGGCAUGUCGGAGCGGGAGCGGCAGGUGAUGAAGAAGCUGAAGGAGGUGGUGGACAAACAGCGGGACGAGAUCCGGGCCAAGGACCGGGAGCUCGGUCUGAAGAACGAGGACGUCGAGGCCCUGCAGCAGCAGCAGACCCGGCUGAUGAAGAUCAACCACGACCUGCGGCACCGCGUCACCGUGGUGGAGGCCCAGGGCAAGGCCCUGAUCGAGCAGAAGGUGGAGCUGGAGGCUGAUCUGCAGACCAAGGAGCAGGAGAUGGGCAGCCUGCGGGCCGAGCUGGGGAAGCUGCGCGAGAGGCUGCAGGGGGAGCUCAGGGAGAACGGCGAGCAGGAGCCUGAGGCAGAGCCGGGUGGGGAAGAGAGUGGCGUCUCGGAGGCGGAGAAGGCGGCCAUGGAGCUCAAGGACCCCAACCGCCCCCGAUUCACGCUGCAGGAGCUGCGGGACGUGCUGCAUGAGAGGAACGAGCUCAAGUCCAAGGUGUUUUUGUUGCAGGAGGAGCUGGCGUACUAUAAGAGCGAAGAACUAGAAGAGGAGAAUCGAGUGCUCCCGCCUCCGCCCAUCGCCCACCCGAGAAUGUCCCCCCAGCCAGAGUCUGGCAUCAAGCGACUUAAAGAAGGUCCUUUAAGCGACGGGUUUAGCUUCUUCUCGCGGGAUAAGAAGCGUCUGGCCAACACGCAGAGGAACCUGCACGUCCAGGAGUCCUUCGGCCAGUGGGCCAACUCCCACCGUGACGACGGUUACACGGAGCAAGGACAGGAAGCCCUGCAGCACCUGUGACCGAGGCUCUCGGACCUGAACCAGGCACCGUCACCGCCACUGCCUGGAUGGAACCUGGCAGCCCUCGGCGUCACUGCCUUGCGCACCUUUCGGUUCAGGCACACCGUCCAAACCGACUCGUCAAACCCGCUGCUUUGAGGAAGCACACUGAAAAACUGAUGCCAAACUCUACAGAAAUGUUUAUUUAUACCCGGGGCUGUUGCCAUUUAUAAUAGAGGACUCUGAUCCCUUAGGAUAUAUAUUUAAUGAGACUGGGAGUGAAGGCCAGACUUUUGCAUUAACUUCAGUAACACAAGCUUCUUUAAGCCAAAUACGUCACUAGCCACUACGUAACUGCCGUUUGGCUGCUUGGUAUGAACCUCUGUGGCCCGAGGGUUUUUUUUUAUCACAUUUGUCAUUCUUAAGUGCGAGCGGUAGGUUUUCAUUCCUUACGUUCAUGAAAUCGUCACGGUGAUUGCAUUUGUAAGAUGGACCCAUUAGACAUGCGGGGCCUCUGAAAUCACGGGACGAAGACACAAAGCAGCAGAAAAUGUGGACAGCAUUCCUCCCGCCUAGAACCUGGAAGCAGCUUUGCAAGAGCCAACGUUCCUCUCUUGCCCCUUGUUACUGAUAGUGCCUGAGCAUGUAGCGCUGCCCAAGGCCAGUGCCUGGGAUCUGCUGUGAGUUACACGCCCUACUAACCAACCAGAUGGUUGCUAAGGAUGAGAUUGCAACAUUUCUUGUGUGGAUUUUUUUUUACUUGGCAUCUUUUCUCCUUUGUCCCAAAGCAUCCUGGGAACCGGGUGCUAGAGCCUACAGGGUGGAAGAUGGGGACUGGGGGAGACUUGCUGGAGUGGGGGCGGGUAGACAGUGGGAGGGUGGUGAGCGGGGAAGCCAGGUGCCCACUCUGCAACAGGCGAGUUGGGGCUCUGCCCAAAUCAUCUUUUUCUCCACCCACUGAGCACCCAGGGCAGCAGGCUGGGUGCUUAGAUUAGAAGAGGUGGCAUCACCUAACAGAGGACACAAGCACACACCCAACUCUGGUCUGCUAAGACACAAACCAUCGGGUCAGUUGAUAGUCGCCAGACUGUUCCCACCUUGCAGACAGGAACGAUCAGACAGGAUGGCGCUGCUGUGGCUCCAGGUUCUCAAAACCGACUGCCCGUUAGAAUUACAAGUUUAUUCUCCGUAAGAAGCGUGAGUGCUGAGGAAUCUCCACCCCCAGCCCCCAACCACCUUCAGUUGCCCUCCCAGCAGUAACCAGUACUGCCAGUUCCUUGGUUGUCUCUUCUGAAAUUAUUUGUAGACACGCAUGCAAUUGUGUAAAAACAAAACAUAUAUUUUCAUUCUUUCACAUAAAUGGCAGCAUACUCUAUA